AAUCGUUGCAAUGAACGUAUCGGGGUUACACUUCUCCUUUCAGCAGGUAACCCGACGACAAGGUCAUGUAGUUUGAGUCUUAGGCCCGUUACUACCACUCAUAGUUAAAGUUAUAGUUAGCGUUAUCUAAAAGAUAACGUAAAAAUCGGUUACUAUCACUGUAUUUAUCUUAUAGUUAACCUUAGCUCAGAGAUAACUUUUGCUUUAACCAUAACCAGUGGAUUCGGUCCGGGUUAAGUUGGUAUCUAAUAGAUAAACGAGGAAACCUAACCUCACAAACAGAAUACGCGGAGUGUUGUAACGGUACACGUGUUCAGUGAUAUUAAAAAAUGGCUAAUUUUAUGGAUGUUGGAGAUGAAGAAAUGAUUUUCGAGGAAAUAAACGAGUUAUUUCCUAUAAGAAGCGAACGAAUAAUACGAAGACGAUUAAACCAUCUCAAUAGACAUUCAGAUGGGGAAUUUGUGAAAAGAUUCCGUCUUUCCAAGGAGACUUUUUAUUUUCUUCUCCACGAAAUAGAGGAAGUAAUUAAACCGCCAUCCAUGACCAAUAACGCUGUACCUCCUGCAAAUCGAUUGUUGCUGACGUUAAGGUUUUAUGCAACAGGCAACAUGUUGUUGGCCAUUGCAGAUUUUGCUGGAGUGAGUGUACAAUUGGCAUCUACGGUAGUGCACGACGUCAGCUGUGCCAUUGCCAAUUUAAGGCCAAGGUAUUGUAAAAUGCCGGAGGGUGAAGAAAUAAUUACUGCCCAAAGGGAAUUUUAUGAUAUUGCACGAUUUCCGUGUGUGAUUGGUGCAAUUGAUUGUACCCAUGUCCGUAUUCAAUCCCCAGGCGGAGAAUUUGCAGAAAAUUUUAGAAACCGAAAAGGUUAUUUUUCCAUUAAUGUGCAAACUGUGUCGGAUGCCAAUAUGCGUAUUUUAGAUAUUGUAGCCAGGUGGCCAGGAUCAACGCAUGAUCAAACAAUUUUUAAUAAUAGUUGCCUUAAACACCGUUUAGAAAUUGGCCAGUUUCGAAACGGACUUUUAUUAGGAGAUGGUGGAUACCAAAACAAGAAUUAUUUGUUGGUACCGAUAGACCAACCACAGCGGGAAGCGGAAAGACUCUACAAUGAGUCUCAAAUUAGAACAAGAAAUGUUGUUGAACGCCAAUAUGGCACAUGGAAAAGAAGGUUCCAAGUGCUGCGGUUGGAACUAAGAAUUUCAAUUGAAAGAGUGCAGCCUCUAAUUGUCGCUACAGCGGUAAUACACAACAUGUGUAUUAAUAUGAAAGACGAUCUACCACCCAAUGAGGAGGAGAUUGAAGAAUGGGAUAAUCAUCUUCCGGCAGAACGGGGCAACGAAGACAGAACACGUAGGAACGAAAUUAUUGAUUAUUUUGCAAAUUUACAAAAAAGUAAUAUAAACUUAAAUAAAAAACUAUUAAUAAUAUAUGAUAAAAUCAUCGUGGAUAAUUUCUUCAACAUUGGCGAUGAAGAACAAAUUUUUGGUGAUUUUGGAAAUGGAUUACUAUUGGGAGAUGGUGGAUACCAAAACAAGAAUUAUUUAUUGGUACCACUCGAACAACCAAGGCGCGACGCUGAAAGGCUGUAUAAUGAAGCUCAAAUAAGAACACGUAACGUUGUUGAACGACAAUAUGGGACAUGGAAAAGGCGAUUCCAAGCUUUAAGACUCGAGUUAAGAAUAUCACUUGAGAGGUAUAGAAUUUAUUUUAUCUCUACAGUAUGUAAUUAUAACGUGAUUUUUAUAAUUUACAGGAUACAGCCUAUUAUUGUGGCAACGGCAGCCAUACACAACUUGUGUAUUGAUAUGAAAGACAACCUACCUCCAAAUGAGGAGGAUAUUAUAAUUGACGAAGGGGACAAUCAACUCCCACUAGAAGGAAAUAUUGAAUUUUCACGGAGGAAUGAAGUGAUAAAUAAUUUUUCUAAUUUGGUAUGAAAUAAACUAUUUCAAAUGAAAAUUCAACAAGA